GCAACACGUGACCAGCAGCUAACAGAAACACAAGUGUUUUUAGGAACAGGGUUGUUUCUCUGCUCCGUUAUCUCUUUUCUUGACUUUCUGAGUAGAUUUCUCGCUGUCAUACGGCUCAGAGUCGUCCAGCUCCGCCAGUUUGUCGUUAAGUGAACAGAAUGAGGUCACUUCGCUGCUGUCGGACGACUUUCUGCUCUUGUUUUGUUAUCUGCGUCAUGUUGUUCAGCCAGCCGAGCUUCGGGCUUUUUGGUCAGUCUUCCCAGAAACCCAACAUUGUUUUGAUCCUUACAGACGACUUGGACGUCGCUAUCGGGGGGCUGACCCCACUGACGAAGACAAAAAAACUCAUUGGUGAUGCAGGGAUAUCCUUCACAAAUGCAUUUGUUGCCAGCCCGCUGUGUUGCCCCAGUCGAGCCAGCAUCUUAACGGGUAAAUACCCCCACAACCACCGUGUCCUCAACAACACCUUGGAAGGAAACUGCAGCAGCAAAGCCUGGCAGAAGAGCGAAGAGGUCCACACUUUCCCCGCCUUACUGAAGAACUACGCUGGAUAUCAGACCUUUUUCGCAGGGAAAUACCUUAAUCAGUAUGGGCACUCUAAAGCUGGUGGAGUGGAGCACGUUCCUCUGGGCUGGAACCACUGGGUUGCACUGGAGAAGAACUCUAAAUAUUAUAACUACACUCUGUCAGUGAACGGGAAGGCUCAGAAACAUGGAGAUAACUACAACACAGACUACCUGACUGAUGUGCUGGCCAACAUGUCUUUGGAGUUCCUCCAUUAUAAAUCCAGCUACCAGCCGUUCUUUAUGAUGGUGUCCACUCCGGCCCCCCACUCCCCCUGGACUGCAGCUCCUCAGUACCAGGCCCGCUUCAACACCACCAAGGCUCCCAGGGACCCCAACUUUAACGUCCACGGGAAGGACAAACACUGGUUGAUCAGACAGGCUAAAACUCCCAUGACCAACUCCUCCGUUCAGUUUCUUGACGCCGCCUUCAGGAAACGGUGGCAAACUUUACUGUCAGUGGACGACUUGGUGGAGAACAUAGUGAAGAAGCUGGAGGUCCGAGGUGAACUGGACAACACCUACAUUUUCUUUACCUCUGACAAUGGCUACCACACAGGUCAGUUUUCUCUGCCGCUUGACAAACGGCAGCUGUACGAGUUUGACAUCAGAGUUCCUCUCAUGGUCAGAGGACCCAACAUCAAACCCAACCAAACCAGUCAGAUGCUGGUGGCGAACGUGGACCUCGGCCCGACCAUCCURGACAUCGCCGGCUACAAUGUCAACAAGACCCAAAUGGACGGCAUGUCCUUCCUGCCCAUCAUGGAAGGGAGGCUGAACAGCAGCAGCUGGAGAACAGACAUCCUGGUGGAGUAUGAAGGAGAGGGGAGGAAUGUUUCGGACCCUGCCUGCCCGCUGCUCGGACCAGGCGUGUCGGAGUGUUUCCCAGACUGUGUGUGUGAGGACUCCUACAACAACACUUAUGCUUGCGUGCGCAGCAUCGCCCCCUCUGCCAACAUGCAGUACUGCGAGUUUGAUGACAACGAGGUGUUUGUAGAAGUGUACAACAUGACAGCAGACCCCUACCAGCUGACCAACGUUGCAAAGACCAUCGAUCAGGAAGUCCUGGAGAAGAUGAACCAUCGGCUGAUGAUGCUGCAGUCCUGCUCUGGRCAGUCCUGUCGGACCCCCGGUGUUUAUGAUCCAAGGUACAAGUUCAACCCCCAGCAGCUGUUCUCUGGCCACAGCUGGAGGCUCAGCAGACUCUGGCAGACAAAGUAACAGAGGAGGAUGAUGAUGAAGGUCUUUCCUGCUGCAGCUGUUGUGUUUUUGGGCCUCCUGAACUGAGCCAGUCACUUUCACAGAUGGGUGGGGGUCACGUUGCUCCCCCCACUAGGAGGUGGUGGGUAAGCAUUGAAACUGCAGGCCCCUCUGAGUGUGUUUCUUUGUAGGCAAUUCCUCCAGAUGGGUUUCCAGAAGCAGCCAUGAGUUCAGCCCAUAAUGAACUGUGACAAUGUUUACACAAAGGCUACGUUCACACUGCAGGUCUUAACGCUCAGUUCUGAUUUUUUGAAAAAAUCUGAUCUUUUUGUGUGAACGUUCACAUUACAUUUUAAAUGUGACCUGUAUCAGACCCCUGUGUGAACGCU